CAAAGUUCACAGUUGAUACGACAUAUUGACUGUGUAUAGGUGACAUAGUAUACUGAAUUAGUUUAAAUUUAAUUUGGUUUUGCUAACAGACAUAGAAAACAAAACUCACUACCAGUUAACAAGUCCAAAAAUAUGUGAUGAUAAGAUAACAAAACGACUGUUAAUCAAAUCAAGUCACCGUAGCGCAUAUAUACGAAUUCAGUAUUAUUGUGCAACUGAUAGACAUUUGUUCUUCUCUGUAUAGUUAAGAGCGUUUGGAAGUUUGAAAAUUUGUCUUACUUCUAACAUGGAGUUAACUUGGAUGCAAGUUCAAUGGAACAAAGUUCUUGAGUUUCACGGUCAUGACGCGUUCAACGUUCGUGUCUACGGGACCUUUGUCGUUUCAAUGAUCAUUUACUGGGGAAUGGGAGGACUUUUCACCAUUGUGGAUUACACCGGCAAACCGAAAUUCAUGAUGAAAUACCGAGUUCAGGAGAACGUCAAGACUUAUCCUAUUUCGAAGGAGCAAUUACAUGACCUUGUUAAAGUAAUUCUGCAGAACCAACUUCUCGUUUUCGUUUUUGCCAUUGGAAACUUCUACUUGGAUGAAUAUCGAGGUCGUAAAAUGGCUAUUGAACUACCGAGUCUUCUCACAGCCGUUUGUCACUUAAUCUUUUUCCAAAUGGUGAGGGAAGUGACUUUCUACUACUCUCACCGCCUUCUUCAUCAUCCCUCAUUGUACAAAUGGAUUCAUAAAAAACAUCACACUUGGACGUCACCGGUUGCAAUUGCAGCUGCUUAUUGCCAUCCAGUCGAGCAUAUCUUUUCUAAUGUCAUUCCCAUUGCUUUAGGGGCAAGUAUCUUGAAUUCUCACACAAUUCUUUUAUGGACUUACACCGUCUAUGCAACGAUAGAGACGCUGACAGUUCACAGUGGUUUCCAUUUACCACUGUUGAAAUCACCGGAGUUUCACGAUUUCCAUCAUUUGAAAUUUAACUGUAAUUAUGGAGUGAAUGGUCUUAUGGACAGGUUUCACGGAACCGAUUCUCUGUUUCGUAAGUCAAAGCAAUUCAUCCGUGACAAACGCACGUUCACUGCUACACCUAUUAAAGUCCUCAUCCCUUAAUUGGUUAUUUGUGUCACGUGAUUGAUUUAAGGGUUAAGUCGAUGGGGAAAUAAAGACUUUUUGGUGUACAA